AUGGGAAGGCCUCAUGUUAUGGUCAUACCUUACCCAGCACAAGGCCAUGUACUUCCUUUAAUGAGCUUCUCACGUUACCUUGCGUAUCAAGGAAUCCAAAUUACAUUCAUAAACACCGAGUUUAACCAUAAUCUCAUAAUCAACUCCUUAUCCAAAUCAUCCCACGAUGAUUACAUGGGGGAUCGGAUCAAACUUGUUUCGAUCCCCGACGGUUUAGAAGAUUCACCAGAAGAAAGGAACAUUCCCGGGAAGUUGUCUGAAUCUGUUUUGAGUUUUAUGCCUACCAAAGUAGAAGAACUGAUAGAGAGGAUGAUCUCGGAACGUGACGGUCCGAUCAUUAGCUGCAUUGUGGCUGAUCAGAGUUUGGGAUGGGCAAUUGAAGUUGCGGCUAAGUUUGGGAUCAGACGAGCCGCGUUUUGUCCCGCCGCGGCUGCGACUAUGGUUCUUGGAUUUAGUAUCCAGAAACUAGUCGAUGAUGGUCUCAUUGAUCCUGACGGGACUCCAAGGGUAAAUAAGUCAAUUCAACUGUGUCCUGCAAUGCCAAAGAUGGAAACAGACAAGUUUGUGUGGGUUUGUCUGAAGAACAGAGAAUCUCAGAGGAACAUAUUUCAACUUAUGCUUCAAAACAAUAAGUCAAUCGAGUCAACGGAUUGGUUGUUGUGUAACUCUGUGUACGAACUAGAAACGGCAGCGUUUGGACUUUCCCCAAAAAUAUUACCAAUUGGGCCCAUUGGUUGGGCUCAUAGUGAAUCCACGUCACUGGGAAGCUUUUUACCUCAGGACCGGGAUUGUCUAGAUUGGUUGGACCGGCAGAUUCCCGGUUCGGUGGUAUAUGUUGCCUUUGGGAGUUUUGGGUUUAUGAGUAAGGCGCAAUUAGAGGAGCUAGCAAUUGGUUUAGAGCUUACCAAGAGGCCGGUCUUGUGGGUCACCGGCUCGGGCGAUCAACCACCUUUAAAACUCGUGUCGGAUCGGGUCAAACUGGUGAGAUGGGCUCCACAACGUGAGGUCCUUUCGCAUCGAGCCAUUGGAUGUUUCGUGAGCCAUUGUGGUUGGAAUUCAACUUUGGAAGGAGCUGAAAAUGGGAUACCAUUUUUAUGUAUCCCUUAUUUUGCAGAUCAGUUUAUCAACAAAGAAUAUAUAUGUGAUGUGUGGAAGAUUGGAUUAGGGCUUGAACGAGACGAGCGAGGAAUGGUUCCGAGGUUAGAAGUGAAGAAGAAGAUCGAUGAGAUCAUGGGAGACGAUGGAGAAUAUAAAAAGCGAGCUAUGAUGGUUAAAGAGAUUGUGGUGAAAAGUAUAGCAAAAGAUGGUAUUUCACAUGAUAAUCUUAGGAAAUUUGUCAAGUGGAUCAAAUCAUAA